CUGUAUUUACGGUAGCAUGUUAACCUCCCUGUCAGAUGUCUGGCUGUAAGCCAUAGUCGUAUUUUAGUAGCUUGCUGGUCCCUUACGUUGUAGAGGCUAAUGUAAACUCUUUUAGCUUGUUCCGGAGAAAUCGUUUGCCCUGUAAUUAUAAAUAUUCUUCUUGGCGAUUGGGCAGUCGUCGCGAACGGUCAGGUAUGCUGUAUGCCACGCCGAGCCCCGCCGCAAUCCGAGCACAGCUGGCCUCCGUCAUGGAGGCGUUGGCCAGCGCCGCCGUGGCUGACAUCUACAAAGUGGUCGAGGAGAGCUGCGUUACCCUGCGGCUGGAAAUAACACGAAGCCAGAAGGAGAACGCCGUCCUCAGGAGCAAAAUGCAAACGCUGGAGCUGCACAUCGCCCAGCUGACGGCGCAAAGGGCCGGUGAAGCGGACGGCGGUGCGGGAGCCCCCAGUAUGCACGGCAGCCACAAAGACUGUUUUUCAAAUGAAGCGCAAGUCACACACAGCAGUCUGCAAUCGGACGGAAGGCUGGACGGGGAAGACGCUUCAAUGCUGCCGGACACCAUGCAGAACGAGUGUCCAAAUGAGGAUAGAGAAGGUCCGACUCAAGUAAAUAUCAAAGAGGAGAGAACUGAAGAGGAUUUUGGAAGCAUUGAUUCCCAAGGACUGGUGAUCUCUGGUCAAAGACAUGAGGAACUGAUUAGUAACUGUGAAGGAGGAUCUGUUGGGAAAAGAGAUGUCAUUUCUGAUGAAGACAUGGAGGAUCCUCGUGAGCAGCAGCCCCUGCACGACGACUGGGAGCUCGGAGCACUGGAAGGUGGCAGUCAAAAAAAUAACGAUGGUAUUAAGCAUAGAUUCCAACAACCAAGAACUGACGAUGGAGUGGAAAGGUGCAGCACACUGGACUGCAUACAAGACCGUGCGUAUAUGCUGGAUAACACACACGGUCAGCCUGGGACUUUACACUCCCCAGAGGACGACGGGGCACAGGCUGAAUCAUCUUGCUCCUUCACUUCAGAAGGAGAUUCCAAAACGUUCUCGGGUGCCACUGAACCACAGGCAGCUUAUGGUUCUGUUGGCUUUGCAGAUCCCACUUUGUCCUACUUGGGUCCAUUUGACUGGAACUCUGGAAUCACAUCAGUCGACCCCGGACAUGUCAAAAUAGAUUUUCAGAUACAUUCUCUGUGGAACGAAGAAACUGUCAUAGGCAGAGUUCACCCACAACAAUGUAAUACGGAGAGACAGGACACUUCAGUAGAAAAUGUAACCGGCAUGUGUACCCCGCAAAACCAAAUAGCAGUCAGUGAGAAAACGGCAGAGUUACAAUCCAAACCGUCAUGUAUGAAAAAAAAUGUCACUCCUAAACCCGGAAAGACAGACUGUAGGGUUGGCAGAAAAGAAAAGCGGUUUGCAUGCGCAUAUUAUGAGAAUAGUUUCAGCCAAUCAAAAGAUUUAGAAACAUACCAGUCACCUCACACAACAGAAAAACCAUUUAGUUGUGUGCAGUGUGGAAAGCGCUUUCUUCAUAUACGAGAUCUGAAAGGACAUCAGCGAGUUCACACUGGUGAGAAGCCAUUUAGCUGUACCCAGUGCGAGAAGCGAUUUUCCUACCUUCACCAACUUAAAACACAUCAGCGAGUCCAUACAGGUGAAAAGCCGUUCAGCUGUGCUCAGUGCGGCAAAAGAUUUUCCCAGUCGAGUCAUAUUAAACGGCAUCAGAGUGUCCACACGGGGGAGAAGCGCUUCAGUUGUACGCUUUGUGGAAAAAGGUUUUCUCAGUCUUGUAGCCUCAAAGUACAUCAAAUUGUUCACACGGGUGAAAGGCCAUUUAGUUGUACACGUUGUGGGAAAACAUUUUCCAUCUUGGGUAAUCUUAUAAGACACCAGAAUGUUCAUAUUGGAAAGUAACAGAUUUCUAAAAGUAAAGUGUACAAGUUGCAACAAUAACAGUCACAAGAUUUUUUUCCCCCAUAUAUAUAUAUAUAUAUAUAUAUAUAUAUAUAUAUAUAUAUAUAUAUAUAUAUAUACACACACACACACACACACACACGUGCUAUUGGCAGAAGCUUUGGGGAAUAGCCAAUCCAAAUGCUUAGUCUCCAUCACUUUAAUAUGGUUUACACUUGUCGGCUACUGAAUAUCAAAACUACCUCGAUUAUUUUUUACUUUUUUAACAAUUACAUAUUAAAUGUGUAUAUACACUGAGCAAUGUUACACAGUUAAAGUAUUUUUCAUUAUUACUAGUAGACAGUACUAUGACGUAUUUACUUCACGGAUAACCGGCUUAAAAAAGUACAAUUUCCUGCACAGUGUAAAGUGUUAUUUAAGGGCCUGAUUAGUGGAUAUUUAGACUUCUCUAAAGUGUAACUGCGAAUAGGAGCUGGGGGUAUUGUAUAAUACUGUCGUCAAACAGGUGACCAUAUAACGUUAAUUAGCAUUACUGUGUAAUGUUUAUGACUGUGUAUAAUCAUUAUUAUGAGUAAUUACUUUUACAGGAUAUGUUCUCUGACAAUAAAGGUUAUGACUAAGAA